AUGACAAGGAAUGCACGAGGAAAGAUCUCCAUUCGCCUCUUUUUGGAGAAAGGUUUGCUGGCGGUUGGCCUUGUGGGGAUUGGUGUCCAGCCUCCGCUUGAUGUGGCGAUAAAAGGCGACAGCUGGGAUUUCCGGUCAGCUGAUGGCAAGCGUUUGUUGGAUGAUGCCGAAGCUGACGGAAAUCUCAUGUGGUCGCACUGGUCUCCGGAGCGCAGAACAUUCUCCUCCUUCCGCGGCCAACCCAUCUAUGACAUGCAAGGCAAACAACAUCAGGGUCCAAAAGCGUUGCGUGAUCUGAACUCACCUGGAGGUUUCACCGACCUUCGUCGAGGUGAUUUGGUGGAUGUGCGUCAGGGCAAUGCCAUGGCUAAGCCAGGGAACGAGGGCGAUUUGCAUCCCUCGAACAUCCUUACAACUCCUAUCUCUGGCACCUCCGCGACGCAAAACCUCUUUAUGAAGAGGGGUGGUUCUGGUCUUCGUUCUCUUGGUGUUGCCUUGGGAGUGAUCGACCGGUUUGGACAACCAUCGUUCACAAUUCUCCAUGCCUUCACGAAUUACUUCACAAGCCUCAUUGUAGUCGAUUUCGAUGGGGCUGAGGAGGAUGAAUAUCCGUGGGAGCUAUGUGUCGUGAUGGCGUCGGCAGUGAAAAGCGAGAACAGCUUCAUUUACGCUGGCUUCUUCGUCACGUUCAUCGCACCGGCGCUGGUAUUCGCCUCACAGCUCACGGGGCGGAUGAGCUUGGUCACCGUCCUGGACCUUACCCCGCAUUCAAAUGGUUGUGGCGCGAAAUCCUUGCGUUCAAAUGGAAAGCGCCGCAACACAUCAACAUCCUUGAAAUUUCAGCCUUUCUCACUGAGCUCCGCCGCCGAGCCCGAGAUCCUCUCCAGCAUGGCCAGCGCUUCUUUUCAGUGGUUGAUUCUCUCGUCUCGUGCUUCGUGCUCUCCAAAGGGAGAUCCUCAUCCAAGCGCCUCAACAGGUUGUGCCGCCGCGCUGCAGCAGUUUUGCUCUCGUCAGGUCUGA